AUGAUGCUCAUACCAGUGGCAGAAUUUUUGAAGGAGCAAGUGUUCGAAAGAUUUGGUGUGCCAAAGAUCCUUAUCAGUAACCAGGGAUCUCAUUUCUGUAACGUCACCAUUAAAGCUUUAACCAAGAAUAUGGGAGUAAAGCAUAAAGUAACCACAGCCUAUCACCCACAAGCGAAUGGGCAAGCCGAAAUUUCUAAUAGGGGGGUAAAAAACAUAUUGGAAAAGGUGGUGCACCCUAACCGCAAGGACUGGAGCAAUGACUUGGGAGAUGCGUUAUGGGCAUACCGGACUGCUUUUAAAACUCUUAUUGGUAUGUCUCCUUUCAGGUUGCUUUAUAGAAAAAUAUUCCAUCUAUCAGCAGAGAUUGAACAUAAGGCGUACUGGACAAUCAAGAAAAUAAAACUCGGUAUGCGCCUUGCUGGAGAAGAACGAAAGUUGCAGAUUAGUGAGUUAGAAGAGCUUCGAUUGGAGGCAUACAAUAAUAUUGUGCUCUAUAAGGAGAGAACCAGAAGGAUCCACGAUACUCAGAUUAGAAAGAAGGAAUUUUGGGUAGGACAAAAAGUCCUAUUGUUCAAUUCACGUUUCAAGAUGAUGGCUGGAAAGCUUAGUUCAAAAUGGUCUGGACUGUUCAUAGUGAAGGAGAUUUUUCGAAUGGGACCAUCGAAGUUUAUGACCUCAACGGAAGUGAUACAUUCGUGGUAA